GGGGAGGAAGACCUGAAAAUGUGUCUGGAGCAUGACGGAGGGUGGUGGUGGUAGUAUUGGUGGCCUAGAGGGGAAUGGAAGUGACAGUAUUAAUCUCAAAUAUUUAAGCGUUUCUUCAAACAAUUCGUACUAUCUCAGCACCGCUGGUACGACACCGCACAGUGCAUCGGAAGCUUUUUGGGAUUGCACGGACCUUAUCUCUUUAGAACGAUCCUUGAAUCUCAGUGAUCUCAAUAAACAGAGUUUAAACUCGAAUCAGUCAUUUCUCUCGUCAACAUCCACCCUUUGUCCUGACCAGCAAAAAGUUGUCACCCUUCUCGCGAGCAGAGAAGAUUCCUUUGUCUCAUUCCAGGUUGAUGACAACAACACCACACCAACUCCAACACCGAGUACGUCCAAGCGUGCAAUUUCGAGAGGCGCUGUGACCAAGAUGAACAACAUGGACAGUCAGCAAGAACAGGAGCAGUCGAAAGGUAACAAUAUCGCUGCUGCAGAGGGCGAACAAUAUCAUGGCUCUGCCGAUGAGGAGGCUGGAGGAGGAAGAGGAGGGGGGAAACAUGCCAAAAACUUGUAUCUCUACUCGGAAGAGGGACACGAACAUCUUUUACCAAAUGUGUUGCACUCUUUGGCAAAUUACUCAAACACGAUCCCAUCAGCUUCCGUUAAUGAGGAUACUGGUGGGGAAGCAGGGGACGCAGCCCCACCGGCUGCAAAAUCUGCUAAUCUCGGCACCCUCAUGGGUGUCUACUUACCAUGCAUACAAAAUAUUUUCGGCGUGAUUUUGUUCAUUCGUUUAACUUGGGUUGUCGGGACAUCUGGAAUCAUAUGCGGAUUUCUGAUUGUGCUGUUGAUGUGCACAAUUACCAUGCUAACGGCCGUGUCAAUGAGUGCAAUCGCCACGAACGGGGUGGUACCUGCAGGGGGGAGUUACUUCAUGAUUUCUCGUUCACUCGGGCCCGAAUUUGGUGGAGCGGUGGGGAUUCUAUUUUACAUAGGAACCACGCUUGCUGCUGCCAUGUACAUUGUUGGUGCCAUCGAAAUUCUGAUUACCUACAUGGCUCCAUCGUUGUCAAUAUUUGGAGACACGACAAUACCAGAAAACAUGUACAACAAUUACCGAGUAUUUGGGACAGUCCUCCUUGCACUCAUUGGUCUAAUUGUAUACGUUGGAGUGAAGUUUGUCAACAAAUUUGCGGCAUUAGCUCUGACCUGUGUAAUUGGGUCAAUUUUGACCAUCUAUAUCGGGCUAAUUGUCAACUUUAACGGUAAUGACAAGCUGAAAAUGUGUGUCCUCGGAAAUCGUCUCCUUCAAGAGUCUGGGAGUGGAAACUGUACCAAAGAGAAGGGCGGGGAACUUUACAACUCAUUCUGCAAACCAUUUGACAUUGAUGGAAUAACAUGCGAUCCAUACUUUGAAGCUCACGAGGCCAAAGUUUACACUGGAAUCAGAGGUCUAUCGUCCGGAGUGAUUAUGGAAAAUCUAUGGCCUUCGUUCAUGAGAUUGGACCAAAUUUUGUCAAUGACAUUUGAUGAGAAUGAUGUGACUCCUUCGACUCGAAUUGUGAAUGGAACAUCGACUCCGAAUGUGUAUAACCAAGUCAUCAUUGACAUCACAACGUCGUUCACAAUUCUUGCCGGAAUAUUCUUCCCUUCAGUCACAGGAAUUAUGGCCGGAUCAAAUAGAAGUGGAGAUUUAGCGGAUGCUCAGAGGUCUAUUCCACUUGGAACAAUUGGGGCAAUAUUGACCACUUCUUGCGUCUACUUGUCCUGUGUGGUUCUCUUUGGUGGAACGGUGGAUGGACUCUUGCUACGAGACAAGUUUGGACAAAGUAUAGGAGGUCGAUUGGUUGUGGCAAAUAUCGCUUGGCCUAAUGAAUGGGUGAUUCUCAUCGGAUCAUUCUUAUCUACGAUUGGAGCUGGACUUCAGAGCAUGACUGGUGCACCCCGAUUACUUCAAGCUAUUGCGAGAGAUGGGAUAAUUCCUGUGCUUCAGCCCUUCAGCGUCUCCAGCGCAAGAGGUGAACCAACCCGUGCCCUAAUACUCACCAUGUGUAUCUGUGAAUGUGGGGUGCUGCUAGGAAACGUUGACGUUUUGGCUCCUCUUCUGUCCAUGUUCUUUUUGAUGUGCUAUGGUUUUGUGAAUUUGGCUUGCGCUGUUCAAACUCUUUUACGAACGCCAAAUUGGAGACCACGAUUCAAGUACUAUCACUGGGUCUUAAGCUUCAUCGGACUCACACUAUGCAUCUCUGUCAUGUUCAUGACCAGCGUUCCCUAUGCCCUAAUAGCAAUGGGGAUUGCCACCAUGUUUUACAAAUACAUUGAGUAUAGAGGAGCUGAGAAGGAAUGGGGAGAUGGCAUUCGUGGCUUAGCCUUAUCGGCUGCCAGGUUCAGUCUACUGCGCUUAGAGGAGGGUCCACCUCACACCAAGAACUGGCGUCCGCAAAUCCUUAUCCUUAUCAAACUGAAUGAGGAUUUGAGCCCGAAGCAGAGAAAAUUGUUUUGUCUAGCAUCCCAGCUUAAGGCGGGGAAAGGGCUCACCAUUGGAGUCAGUGUUCUGGAAGGAGACUAUCAGAAAAAUGUUUGUGAAGCCGCCGCAGCCAAGCAAUCCCUGCGUAAACUCAUGGAUGAUGAGAAAGUUAAAGGAUUCGUGGACGUGCUCAUCUGCCCAGACGUUUCUGUUGGAAUCAAUUCCCUAAUCCAAUCAUCAGGUUUGGGAGGCUUGAAACCAAACUCGGUGAUGAUUGGAUGGCCUAGUGGUUGGCGUCAGAAAGCUGAUGAGAGAAUUUUCAUCCGAGCGGUUCGCACAGUUGCUGCAGCUAAAAUGGCACUUUUAGUUCCGAAAGGAACCCAAUUUUUCCCUGACUCAAUGGAUCGAGUAUCCGGUAAUAUUGAUGUGUGGUGGAUUGUGCAUGACGGAGGUUUGCUCAUGUUGCUGCCCUUCCUCCUCAAGCAACACCGCACUUGGAAGGGAUGCAAAAUGCGCAUCUUCACCGUAGCUCAAAUUGAAGACAACUCGAUCCAAAUGAAGCAAGAUCUCAAAAGGUUACAAGGUCUCUUGCGUAUCGACGCUGAGGUUGAAGUGGUUGAAAUGAUGAACAGCGACAUUUCGGCAUACACUUACGAAAGAACAUUGCUGAUGGAACAGCGUAACCAGAUGCUCAAAGAACUAAAUCUAACCAAGAAGCGUAGGAGAUCAAUGGUUGAGACUCUAAUUGAGCCAAGUUUAGAAGAAAAAUUGCCACUAGUGCAGUCCAUAAACGACGGCCAUAACGAAGGUGGUUCUGACUCGAGCAAAGAGAAAAACAAAGCCAGGGUCACAUUCAAUGUUGGCAAUAAUGACAUGGAAGAUGUUCCAGAGAUUGAGGAGGACGGAGGACUCGGAGCGGCAGAUGACGACGACGACGAUGAUGAUGGUGGUGGUGCGGGCGAGGAAGAAAAUAAACGAGAUUCACCAGAAAAAGUUACUCCCACGAAGAAUAACAUGAAAAAACUCUUGGAUAUUAAACCAGACGAGGACAAUGUAAGGCGCAUGCAUACUGCUGUGAAACUCAAUGAAGUUAUCGUCACAAAGUCCCAUGAUGCAAAAUUGGUCAUCAUAAAUUUACCAUCUCCGCCAAAGUCAACUGCUCCCGAGUAUGAGGCCAACUAUAUGGAAUUUUUGGAGGUGCUCACCGAAGGCCUAGAUAGAACUCUACUUGUGAGAGGUGGAGGACGAGAGGUGAUCACUAUAUACUCGUGAAUGGAAAUGGAAGGAAUAUUAAGUAAGGAAUCACUCAUCCCUUAUGAAACCCGCUCAAGAAAAACCCUAAAAAAACAAAACCAUGGUUAGUGAUUAGCGUAAUUGAUUGUGACCUGUAUGCUUGUGAAGAUGAAUAAUUGUGGUGCUACAAGAAGUGCUGUGUUGUUUGACGAUGAAGAUGAGAGGAUAAAUGGUUGAUUGAUUGUAUGGUGCUUCCUUAGGGCUUUCUUCUAUAAUUAUUAUAAUAGCGUGAUUGAAAUACAGACAUAAAACGCUAAUUAUUAUACCCUUAAUUGUUGUAACUCUCAUGUUGCCAUACAGCUCUUAAUUCUAAUCGACAUAAAUUAUGAUAGGAAGGGAAUGAGACCUCUCUUUAUCUCAACAGUAUUAUUGCUACUCUGUUACAAAUUUAUUAUGAAUAGAAUUAGAUCAACUUUAACUAGUGCUGUUGCUGUUGUGAAUUAACUAAUAAAAUAAAAUGCAAUCGUUAAAGAAAAA